AUGCGCAGCAGCACUUGUGCAUGCACAGCAGCACAGCAGCAUGCAGAAACGAAGAUGCAGGGCUUUUGGAGCUGCAUGCAUGCGGUUGCAUGCGAAGCAAAGUGUUUCUUGCGUGCAUGCACUGUGCAUGCGCAGCAGCAAACGUGCUGCAUGCAGGGAAGCAAAUUUGCACGAAAACUCGUGCAGGGGCUGCUGCUGCUGCUGCUGCUGCUGCUGUGCUUUGUGUCUGCAGCAAGUUUGCUGCCGGGAUGGGGCUCGUGGGUGGGCGCGGGCGUGAAGCAGCAAAAAAAGAAGAAAGAUUCAGCAGCAGCUGCAGCAGCUGCAGCUGCAGCAGCAGCAGCAGCCAAGAAAACGAAGCCCCUUGUCAUUAUUAACACUAAAGACGAUAAGAAGAGCAGCAAAUACUUCGUGUCUCAGCUGCCCAAGUACAUGAGCCCCGAAGAAUAUGCAGCACAAGUGAAGCAGCCUGUGGGGCCCGAGUGGAAUUCUGCUGCUGCUCACCGCCGGCUAAUAGCCCCCCGAGUGGAUGUGAGGGUGGGGGCUGUGGUGCCGCCUCUGCAAUCCGCGAAGCUGCUGCAUCCAGAAGCUCGGGAGGAGCUUUUGAAUUUGUGGGCCCUCAAAGGCAGCAAAAAGAAGCGUUCACAAGUUCGUCUUUGA